AGACAUUUUAAAGAGCUCUGAUGGGCUAUUUGGGUGAUACCCAGUGCAGUGAACUGCAGGAUUUUUGUCCCUGAGUCAUGGAAGACAGAAGAGCCGAGCAGUCAUGUGAUCAAGCGUGGGAAUCUCUGAAGAGGCAGGACUAUGAAAUGACCCUCAAGCACUGCACAGAGGCCCUCCUCUCCCUUGGCCAGUACUCCAUGGCAGGCUGCACAGGGCCGGGCCCACUGGAGGUGGAAAGCAUCAAAAUCGAGAGUCUUCUCUACAGAAUCGCCUCAUUUUUGCAACUGAAAAACUAUGGACAAGCAGAUGAAGAUUGUAGGCAUGUGCUGGGAGAAGGACUGGCCAAGGGCGACGGGGCCUUCCAGGCUGUGCUCUGUUGUAUGCAACUGAAAGGAAAGCUGCAACCUGUAUCCAGCAUUCUUGCCAAGUCACUAACAGGAGAGUCACUGAAUGGGAUGGUAACUAAAGAUUUGACAAGACUAAAAACACUUCUCAUAGAAACCGAGACAGCAACUAGUAACGCCCUCUCUGGAUACCAUGUGGAAGACUUAGAGGAGGGAUCUUGUAAUGGUUGGCAUUUCCGACCACCGCCUAGGGGAAUCACUAGCAGCGAGGAAUAUACUCUGUGUAAAAGAUUUUUAGAGCAAGGAAUCUGUAGGUAUGGCGCACAGUGUACUUCAGCACAUUCCCAGGAAGAACUAGCAGAAUGGCAGAAAAGAUAUGCUUCACGGUUGAUAAAACUGAAACAACAAAAUGAAAAUAAACAGCUCUCAGGCAGUUACAUGGAAACUCUGAUAGAAAAGUGGAUGAAUUCAUUGUCUCCUGAGAAAGUGCUGAGUGAAUGUAUAGAAGGAGUAAAAGUAGAGCAUAAUCCUGAGCUCUCUGUCACUGUCAACACCAAAAAAUCCCACCAGACGUGGACCUUCGCUCUCACUUGUAAGCCUGCAAGAAUGCUGUAUCGUGUAGCAUUGCUUUAUGAUGCUCAUCGUCCUCAUUUUAGUAUCAUUGCAAUAUCUGCCGGAGAUAGUACUACCCAGGUAUCACAAGAAGUCCCAGAAAACUGUCAAGAAUGGAUAGGAGGGAAGAUGGCCCAAAAUGGAUUAGAUCAUUACGUGUAUAAAGUCGGGAUAGCAUUUAACACAGAAAUAUUUGGAACUUUUCGCCAAACCAUAGUUUUCGACUUUGGAUUGGAACCAGUACUCAUGCAAAGAGUAAUGAUUGAUGCAGCUUCUACAGAAGAUCUUGAGUACCUGAUGAAUGCAAAACAGCAGCUAAUAACCACAGCUAAGCGCUGGGAUUCUUCUUCUAAGACUAUUAUAGAUUUUGAACCUAAUGAAACUACUGAUUUGGAGAAGAGCCUUCUUGUCAGAUACCAAAUUCCCCUCUCUGCCGACCAGCUGUUUACCCAGUCCGUGUUAGACAAAUCAUUGACCAAGACCAACUAUCAGGCCCGGUUGCAUGACCUCCUUUAUAUCGAGGAGAUAGCCCAGUAUAAAGAAGUCAGCAAGUUCAAUCUUAAAGUGCAAUUGCAGAUUCUAGCAAGCUUCAUGCUCACUGGCGUUUCUGGUGGCGCAAAGUACGCUCAGAAUGGACAACUUUUUGGUCGCUUUAAGCUUACUAAAACACUUUCUGAAGAUACUUUGGCUGGACGGCUGGUGAUGACCAAAGUCAGUGCUGUGUAUCUACUGCCAGUCCCUAAAGAGAGACUAGUCCAGACCCAGGGAACCAAAGAGAAGGCGUAUGAAGCUACUAUCGAGGAGAAAACGAAAGAGUAUAUAUUUUUAAGGAUAUCCAGGGAAUGCUGUGAAGAGCUCAGUCUUCGGCCCGACUGUGACACACAGGUUGAACUUCAGUUUCAAUUAAAUCGGUUACCCCUCUGUGAAAUGCACCAUGCACUAGACAGGAUCAAGGAUAAUGGGGUUUUAUUCCCAGACAUCACGAUGACACCAACCAUACCUUGGAGCCCCAACAGACAGUGGGAUGAACAGUUGGAUCCUCGUCUAAAUGCAAAGCAGAAAGAGGCCGUUCUGGCCAUCACCACCCCGCUGUCAAUCCAGCUGCCUCCUGUUCUCAUCAUUGGACCCUAUGGGACAGGCAAAACCUUCACUCUAGCUCAGGCUGUCAAGCAUAUCCUCCAGCAGCCGGAGACGAGCAGGAUUCUCAUUUGCACCCAUUCUAAUAGUGCUGCUGAUCUCUACAUAAAGGAUUAUUUACAUCCAUAUGUAGAAGCAGGCAAUCCCCAGGCAAGACCUCUCAGGGUAUAUUUCAGAAACCGUUGGGUAAAGACUGUUCACCCAGUUGUGCAUCAAUACUGUUUGAUCUCAAGCGCACAUUCCACCUUUCAGAUGCCACAGAAGGAAGAUAUUCUUAAACAUCGCGUGGUGGUGGUUACAUUGAACACUUCUCAGUACCUCUGUCAGCUGGACCUGGAACCGGGGUUUUUUACACACAUUCUGUUAGAUGAAGCAGCCCAGGCCAUGGAGUGUGAAACCAUUAUGCCUCUAGCAUUAGCAACGAAAAGCACUCGGAUUGUCCUGGCUGGCGACCACAUGCAGCUCAGUCCUUUUGUUUACAGCGAGUUUGCCAGGGAGAGAAACCUUCACGUGUCCUUACUUGACCGUCUUUAUGAGCAUUACCCUGCCGAGUUCCCAUGCAGGAUCCUCCUGUGUGAGAACUACCGCUCUCAUGAAGCUAUCAUCAACUAUACCUCUGAGCUCUUCUAUGAGGGCAAACUGAUGGCCAGUGGAAAGCAGCCAGCACAUAAGGAUUUCUACCCGCUAACCUUUUUUACAGCCCGGGGAGAAGAUGUACAAGAAAAAAACAGCACAGCUUUUUAUAAUAACGCAGAGGUGUUCGAAGUGGUGGAGCGUGUGGAAGAGUUGAGAAGGAAGUGGCCAGUGGCAUGGGGCAAGUUGGAUGACGGCAGCAUCGGCGUGGUGACUCCGUAUGCUGACCAGGUGUUUCGGAUACGUGCUGAGCUUCGGAAAAAGAGAUUAUCUGACGUGAAUGUAGAGCGUGUGCUAAACGUUCAAGGAAAGCAAUUCAGAGUUUUGUUUCUUAGCACAGUCCGGACCAGGCAUACUUGUAAGCAUAAGCAAACCCCAAUCAAGAAGAAAGAGCAACUGCUGGAAGACUCCACCGAGGACUUAGAUUAUGGUUUUUUAUCUAAUUACAAGCUUCUCAACACUGCCAUUACAAGAGCACAAUCUUUGGUGGCUGUGGUGGGCGAUCCCAUUGCUCUGUGCUCAAUUGGAAGAUGCAGGAAAUUUUGGGAACGGUUUAUUGCCCUGUGUCAUGAAAAUAACAGCCUCCACGGAAUCACUUUUGAGCAGAUCAAGGCUCAGCUCGAGGCUUUGGAACUAAAGAAGACAUAUGUGCUGAAUCCGCUGGCCCCUGAAUUUAUCCCUCGGGCUCUCCGGCUGCAGCAUGCAGGAAAUGCCAGCAAACUACAGCAGUCCCCGCCCAAGGGGAAAAGCCUUCAUCAUCCUCAGAACGAUCAUUUCCAGAGUGAUGGGAUUGUUCAGCCCAAUCCUUCCGUACUCAUCGGCAAUCCUAUCAGAGCAUACACUCCUCCACCUCCUCUUGGACCUCACCCAAAUUUGGGAAAAUCUCCAAGCCCCGUUCAAAGAAUAGAUCCUCACACCGGGACAAGCAUUCUUUACGUACCUGCUGUCUAUGGAGGGAAUGUAGUUAUGUCGGUGCCUUUACCUGUACCAUGGACAGGAUACCAGGGUAGGUUUGCAGUGGAUCCUCGAAUAAUCACGCAUCAAGCAGCCAUGGCGUACAAUAUGAACCUGUUACAGACACAUGGACGGGGCUCUCCUAUACCUUAUGGCCUUGGACAUCACCCACCUGUCAGCAUAGGGCAGCCACAAAAUCAGCAUCAGGAAAAGGAUCAGCACGAACAGAGUCGAAAUGGUAAAAGUGAUACCGGUAAUCCUGGACCUGAAAUUAGUAAGAUUCGAACACCAGAGAAAAAAUCUACAGAAUCAAAACAGGUUGAUUUGGAAUCGAACCCACAGAACAGAAGCCCUGAAUCCCGACCCGGUGUUGUCUAUCCCGCCCCAAAGUUUCACCGCAAAGAGAACCUGCACCCCAGACACCUGAGCCUCCCGCUGCCCGCCCGCCCCACGCCCAGUACCCGCUGCCCGGCCGGCAACUUCCACCCGCUGCCCCCACUGCCACGACCGCCGCCCUUUCCCGUCCCGCAGCCUCCUCACGCCCUGUUGAACCAGUCCCAGAACAGUCUGCCCGAACAGCCAGCGCAGCUGCCCCUCGCCCCAAGUCAGGGGGUCCCGCAGCAGAACCCCUUGAAUCCAACGCUGCCACCGCCUCCACCACCACCGCCACCUCCCCAGCUGUCACCCGCCUACCCCACGGGUCCCAACGGUGCGUUUUUCGGCAACCCGGUGCCUCAUCGGCCGCAGUCCCCACCAGCCGAGGCCGGGAUUAUUCCCGAGCAGCAGGCACCUGGGCUACACGAGGGCCACAGUCCCCUGCGGGCCAUCCCGCAGCCGGGUCCAGUGCUGCCUGCGCACCUCAACAGCUUCGAGGAGAACUCCCCGGGCCUGCCCCUUGGGGAGGCCUUAGAUCGCAUGCACGGGAGUGUAGCUCUGGAAGCUUUAAGGCAGCAGCAAGUGCAGUUACAGCAGUGGAACGAGCAUCCCGCCUAUCUCAGUCAGGGCAGCCUUCCAUACCCCCACCAUCACCAUCCCCACCCUCACCUCCAGCACCUUCCUCAGCCGCCCCUUGGAUUGCACCCGCCACCCCUGAGGGCAGACUGGAAACUUCACAGCAGCGCCGAGGAGGAAGCGGAAACGGCUGAGGCAAGGUUUCAAGACUUAAUCAGAGAACUGUCUCAUCGUGAUCAAAGUGAAACCCGGGAACUAGCUGAAAUGCCACCACCUCAAUCAAGACUGUUGCAAUAUAGACAAAUUCAGACUAGGAGCCCACCAGCAAUCCCAACUCCCCCAUCCAGUACAGACCACAGUAGCCACUUUCCUAACUUUAACGACAGCAGCAGGGACGUUGAAGUAGCCAGCAGCCCAGCCUUUCCACCACGCCUGCCGCCCCAGGUUCUCAGCUCGUCUUUCUCGUUGCCAUCCGAGCACCUUGCCCCUCCUCCCUUGAAAUACCUGGCACCCGACGCAGCAGCGUGGACUUUUGCUAACUUGCAGCAGAACCACCUGAUGGGGCCGGGUUUCCCCUAUGGCCUACCUCCAUUGCCUCCCAGGCCGCCACAGAACCCUUUUGUACAAAUACAGAAUCCUCAACAUGCAAUUGGUCAAGAGCCAUUUCACCCAUUAUCAUCUCGAACAGCAUCUUCCUCUUCGCUCCCUAGCUUAGAAGAGUAUGAACCCAGAGGACCUGGUCGGCCCUUGUACCAAAGAAGAAUUUCAUCUAGCUCAGUCCAGCCUUGUUCUGAAGAAGCGAGCGCUCCAGAGAGUCACGCGCAAUGCAAAGAGCUUCAGGACCAUGAUAAUCCGCCUCCUUUCAGCUUCUCGGCCCCGGAGUCCUGGGUAAACACCACCUCAUCUGCCCCCUAUCAGAACAUUCCAUGCAAUGGAUCUAGCAGGACAGCUCAGCCCAGAGAAUUGAUAGCUCCGCCCAAGACUGUCAACCCCCCUGAGGACCCGCUGAAGCCCGAGACGCUGGACCUAGCCAGUUCCUUCAACUAUAACAUGCUGCAACACCUCGGACAGUUCCCCCCCCUUAUGCCCAACAAGCAGCUCGCUGAAUCGGCCAGCAGCAGCAGCCAGCAGAACGCAGGGGCCUGCAAGCCUACCAUGUCCUACGCCAGCGCUCUGCGGGCGCCCCCCAAGCCCCGGCCCCCGCCCGAGCAGGCCAAGAAGAGUAGCGAUCCGCUGUCCCUAUUCCAGGAGCUCAGUCUGGGCAGCUCCUCGGGCAGCAAUGGCUUUUACUCCUAUUUUAAAUGAUCACUUCCUCCUCUUCUCUCCCCCCACACACACACCUCAAGGGAGAAGGUUUUGAUUUCUGUUUGUGCCCAUAGAAAUUAAGAUAGUUGGACCUCACCUGUAGAUGCACCGUACCUUUUGUUUUACUAUUAAAUCUGUUCUCACUUAAUUGCUUUGCUGCUAGUCUUGCAACUAAUUUUUUAAGAGUAUAUUCCAUUAUUUUGCAUUUUCAACGUGAUGGAAUUUUGACAGCUUUUAUGUAGAAUAAAAAAAAUAUUUUUAAAUUUGUGUAUGGUUACAUAUGUUUGCAUCAAGCUAGCAGCCAAGAGGUUAAUUGUGCAACUCUAAAAAAAAAAAGAAAAAAAAAGAAAAAAGGGAAAAAAAAGUUUGUCUAAAAUGUAUUUAAAAAGAAAAAAAAUUGUAAGUAGCAUUUACAUUUAUUCAAUAAUAUUACCAUUCACUGGGUUUCUGUACCAGAAAUGGCCAGUUGAUGUACAAAUGUAUGUUAUUUUUGCUUAAAUUCAUUUAAGAAAAUUAAAAAAAAAAAUAAAGGGGCAGCAUCUUCUAA